AUGGAGUACAGACAUGAUGUUGAUGUGGAGGAGCUGUGUCCAGUCUGUGGAGAUAAAGUCUCUGGAUAUCACUACGGUCUGCUGACCUGCGAAAGCUGCAAGGGCUUUUUCAAAAGAACGGUUCAAAACAACAAGAAGUAUAUCUGUGCAGAAAACCAGGAGUGCAGAAUUGAUCAAACUCAGAGGAAACGGUGUCCCUUCUGCAGGUUCCAAAAGUGUCUUCAUGUUGGCAUGCGACUGGAAGAUCGCAUGCGAGGAGGCCGAAACAAGUUUGGCCCCAUGUACAAACGUGAUCGAGCUCUCAAGCAGCAGAGAAAGGCUUUGAUACAAGCCGGCGGAUUCAGAAUGGAGAGCAGUCCACCUCUGGUCUCCUCAGCCCACCAGAGAGACUCUACCUAUACUGCCGGCCUCCACCCUCUUCCCAUCCUCAGCACCACCCCACUACCCACAGCACAGAAUGACUGCAUCAGCUACCAAAUACCAUCACUGUUUACACUCCUGCCCUCCAACUCACCUGGCGCCACCCAGUACCAGUGCACCUCCUCCACCUUUUCAAACUGGACCGUCAAGUCAGAGCACACCAACAUCUGUACAAGUUCACCAGACUCCGCCGCGGGAAUCUACACGGACUCAGAUGAGGUGUACUCGAGACCUUUUUCUCCACAUGGUCCCAUGAUGCCUCAGCUGGUGAUGGAGUUUAUGCGCUGUGAUACAGAUGAGCUACAGCUGCGGAAUAAGAUUAGUGCUCGCCUACAGCAGGAGCAGAGCGGCUGUGAGAAACACAAGAACCUCAACACCUUCAGCUUGAUGUGCCUCAUGGCUGACCAGACACUGUUCUCCAUCGUGGAGUGGGCUCGCAGAUCCAUCUUCUUCAAACAGCUGAAGGUGACCGACCAGAUGAAGUUGCUUCACAGCUGCUGGAGUGAACUGCUGCUCCUAGACAUCAUCUCCAGACAGGUCCUACACUACAAAGAGGACAGUGUGCUCCUGAUCACUGGACAGGAAUUGGAGCUGUCAGCCAUAGCUUCUCAUGCCAAUCCCACCUUGGCCAGCUUGGUCCAGAGAGGACAGGAGCUAGUUGAAAGGCUCACAAUUCUAAAGGUGGACCGUGAAGAGUUUGCCUGCAUUAAAUUCCUCCUCCUCUUUAAUCCAGAUGUGAAACAGCUUGAAGACCAUCCAUUCAUAGAGAGUGUCCAGGAGCAGGCUGAAGGAGCUCUGCUGGAGUACACACUGUGCACCUCCUCUCAGAGCCUCGGACGGUUUUCUCAUCUGCUGAUGUUUUUGUCAGAAUUACGCUCGCUCAGCACCCUCGCUGAAGAUUACCUGUACUGCAAACACCUGAGUGGUGAGGUGCCCUGCAAUAACCUGCUCAUUGAGAUGCUCCACGCCAAGCGCAGCUGGGCAUGAAGACUGGGCAGGUCUGUGAUUGUCUGCAUGUUACUAUAUGUAAACAUUAAGUUGUGAUGAAUGUGUUUUCUGUGCUUUAAGAGCA